AUGAGUUCGCCCUUGGAACAACAAUUCGAAGUUUUUGUUGGUAAAUUCCAACAAGGUGCAGAAGAUACACAUGAUUUUCUUAAAAAUAUGAUGCAAGACCCAGAUUUUCUUCGAAUUCCAAGUUCAAUAUUGGGAAAAAAUGAAUAUCCAGAUUUUCUUUUUAUGAUUUUACAAGCUUCUCAAGCUAUUAUUGAAAACAAUUGGGAUUAUAGCAACCCAGUUUGCAUGGAAUUUUUAAAAAAUUUGGUAUUUUUUCUUGCACCAAACUCUAAUGAAAACAAUGACACAAUUUCCUUAUGCAUUGAUAUACUCACAUUCAUUACGCUGAAUUAUUGGCCGCCAUUUCCUUCUGAAAAUAAUGAUUCUCAAUCAGAUUACAUUUUACUGGUUGGAAUCUCGUUUAGUUCUCUUUCAAUCAUAGCCAAAGUUCUAUAUAAGCAAAUAACAGAUCCAAAUUAUCGAAAUCAACAAAGUAUUCAACAAAUACAAAAUAUCAGCUCCAAACACGAAGAUUUCGACAAAGCAAUUCAGUUCUUACUAAGUAUCAUCGAAACUAAUCCAAACAAAACAACUUACGUUUUAUUAUUUGAUUUUAUUUCCGACAUGAGCAAGAUUUACGCGUUUGAGUAUUACCCAGAAGCCAUAAGUACAUUUUUUGUUAAUAAUCAGCAAGAAGAAUACUUUCCUGCUUUAUCUCGGCUGAUUUUGACUCAACACGUACUUGGAAACACUGAAAGAUUGAUUCCCAUUGGCGAAUUCAUUGGAAAUUUCAUAAAUUUGUCAAUAAAUCCGAAAUUAAUUGUCGAAAAUUCGGAUUUCUUUGAAUUAUUUACAGAUCUAGCUCCACAAAUCUCCAUCAUGAACGAUACAUCUCAUCCAAACUCAGAAGAAGAACCAAAUAAUCCAAAUCCAUUUGAAAAAUAUUUAUUUGACCAUUUACAAGGAGUUUUACUUUUAAUUUCGAACCUUACAAAAGAGAGACCAGAUUUUGUACAAAAAUUUCUCAAAAUUUUUGAAUUUUUAAUUUCCAAAAAAUUUAAGCAUUUAAUGAGCAUUGUACACUGGCAAUCAAUUUACUACAGUGUACUGAACAUUAUUCCAGCGUUUUUCAAGGUUAUUGAUGACAAAAUAAUUUUUGAAAAUAAUCCUCAAAAUAAAAUGUUCCAAAUGUUCUCUUAUGCAUUAUCAUUGAUAACAUCAGCACAUGAUGAACAAAUUUUCUCUCUAAUUCAGAGUUAUUUCGUUGAAAUUGUUAAUAAUCAAGAAUCUUUUGAAGAAAACAUGGAAAAAAUUGAAAAACUGAUAUCUAUGUUGAUUAUAAUACUCCAUUAUUCAAAAGAUACUUCGCGAUACUCAGAAAUUAUUAACUUUUUUAUUCAGAACAUCCAGAAGCCACAAGAAGACACUAUUUAUCAAAAUGAGCUCAUAUUCUUCUUUAUUUCGCAAAUUAGUGAUGUUUUACAUUCAAAUGUUUUUUCUGGACUUUUAGGAGGAAUUUACGACCAAUUUUAUCAGCACUUGGAUACAGAUAAUUACAUGUAUCAAAUGUUUAUUGCAAAAUGUUUGUUUUCUUUCAUUAAUUUAGACUUUUAUAAUAAUUCUAACAAUAGACAAGCCAUUGCCUAUUAUCUGAAUAACAUGAAGGUACAAGGACUUAUGGAGAUGAUAAUUCCUAGCUUCGAACCAACUUUGGCCAAGCUUCAUCCCCUUUCUUUGCCAGAUUUCAUAAAAUUCAAUCAAAUCCUGCCAUUUAUGCUUAACUACAUAAACUGCAGGAAACAGGGGUUAUCAACUAGGUUAAAUCAAUUCAGAAAAAACACAGAAAUUCAUUUGUUAAAUUUCCUUAGCCAACAACUUGAAUCGUUUAAUCCAAGUGACAUUGAGAGUCUACAUACAACAUCUAUUGCCGUGAAAAUGAUAAAUGACUUAGCUUCUGCGAUUUAUAAAAAAGAUAUAGUUUCAGAUAAAGAAAACAAGAAUAUUUAUACCGGAGUAUCAAUGAUAAUUGAAAAGCUCCCAGUUCUUCUUGAAAAUAUCAAUGGAAACAUCGAAGCAGCAAAUAAUCAAAAUUCAAUUCAGGAAUAUUUCAAUUCUGACCUGUUUUCCAUGCAUUAUAAACUUUUCAAGAAGAUGGUUAAGCUUAUUUCAUUACAGCCUCAAUUCCUUCCUAAAGAAGACUACAUUCAAUUGUUCCUUUCGACUCCUCAGGCUUUUUAUACUCAAGACAUGGCUGAAAGACUAUACAUAAUGUUCCAGACCUAUCCUUCUGAUGAAGAAUCCCAAAAAAGUUUUGAUUUCGUAUUAAAUUCUCUCUUUUUAAUGGAAAAUCCACCAAAAGACAUCAUGUCUGCUUCUAUAAAGUUCGUAACUAGUUUUGUUUCCAAUAAUAAUGCAGAAAUUUUGCAAAGAUAUAUUUUCCCAAUUAUUCAGAGAAUCAUUAUGUUCUGUAACUGUCCAAUUAUUGAUAUAUCAAGGAAUGCGCUUAAUUGUCUGUCUAAAUUCAUUUCUGAUAUGGAUUCCGAGCAUAAACAAAAAACCAGACAGGAAAAUUAUGCUCCAAGUUAUAAAGAUCUAAUAGUUGUGGCUACAGAAUCAGGAGAGAUGACAAUUAUUGAAUACAUUUUCAUAGAAAUUAUUGGAUUAAUUUCUCUUGGAUAUUUGAAGUUUAAUUUCGAUCGGUUCCUUAAUAUCUUCUCAACUGAAUUAGUUUUCGAUCCAAUUCAGCAGAAUUUUGACAAAAUUUUGGAUGAAAAACUUGGAACACAUGAAGGAGAGCUUCCUGAUCUCAUUAGAACACUUGUGUUUGACCAUAGCAACGAAGCAAACCAUCAUAGACCGAAUAUUUUGAAAAAAGUUUUUGUUUUAUUUUCUGGAGUUUCCUAUGCCGAUCCAGAUUUCAACAUUCGUUAUAGGAAUACAAAAUAA